CAGUGAGUGUUGUUAGACAAUUAGAGCUACAUGCUUUUUACAUAGCCAAACCUUAAGAAAUUGUUGCUUAAAUUUGUUUAAAAUUUAAGAAAAUUUAGCUGUUUGAGCACAAUACAUAAAGGGAUAUAUACACAACUAAAAAUAUGGCUGACGAUUGGGAAUCCGCCGCGGAAAGCGAGCCCGUUAUACGACCCAAUACCGUGAACAAUAUAAACAAAUGGGAGGGCGAGGACGACGAUGAGGAUGUUAAGGAAAGCUGGGAGGAUGAGGAAGAGAAAAAGGAUGAAGAGAAGCCAACAAAAACAGAUGUGCCCGUUAAAGUUAAACCCAACAAGGCACUCCAAGCCAAAUUGGAAGCGCAAGAGCGUCUGAUUGAAGAAGAGGAGCUCAAACGUUUGGCCAACAUGACAUCUGAGGAGAAACUGGCGGAAAAGCUGCGUCUGCAAAAGAUACAAGAAGAAUCGGAUUUGAAGAGCGCGUUAGAUACGUUUGGUGUGCAGAGUUUAGGCAACUCGCUCGACUCCUUCAAUCCACAAAGCAAAGAGGAAUUUAAGGAAUUCGCUACAGCACUUAUGUGGAAGAUAACACAAAGUCGCGAAUCGACGCAGUAUCCACAAUUUGUGGAGGAUCUAGUGCGCAGCUUAUGCGUCACCUUGAGCGCUGCUGACAUUAAAAAAGUCAAGAUGAGUGUUGAGAGCUUACACUCGGAAAAACUAAAGAUGGAGAAGGCAGUUGCCAAGAAGGCAGCGGCCAAAAACAAGGGCAAAGGCAUCUCAUUGCGUACUGAGAAUGAUGACAUUGAUGGUUAUCAAAAGUAUGGCAACGAUUUUGCAACCGACGAUUACGAUGACUUUAUGUGAAUAGUUACAGAAAUUUACACACAGCAUAUAUCUAAUUAUUCGAGUAAACAUUUAUACAUAUACUUAUAGUUGCUUGUUGAAAGAAAGAUGGACCUGGGUGUUUCUUGUUGAAAUGAAAUUAUUGCGCAGGAAUUUGAAACCAUUUUGUUGUUUAUGAUAAAAGAAAGCCAUAUUGAUAUAAAUGCAUAUGUACAUAAUGCAUAUGCCCUAUAUAUUUGUAUGACAGCACACACACACACCAUUAAAAUUAUGUAAAAUAUAUUUAAUAGUAUAAAGAAUGUCGAGUCAAACAAGCAAUCAAGUAACCUCAACGAAAAAUAUUUCAAAUUAAACAAAACAAGCUACUGCAUGGUAAUUAGGUACAUGAAUGGCUUCCUUGUAAAUUCACUUUUGUAAAAAUUAUAAAGCGAUAUUAAAAUGUAAAAAAAAAAACAAA